AACCUCGCCCAAUACUCCAGUUUUUAUUGCAUAAUCUUCAACAAAAAAUAUUACCAUGGCUGCAAAAUAUCCAGAAACUACUGACCUGCCAGUCCCAGACCUAUCAACCCUUACGCUAGAUAAUUCACCGCCCUCUGAUUUCAUUGACAAGAUAACAAAGCUUGAAUAUUGCCUUGGUCAUGGUGCUUUUGGUGUCGUUCUUAAGGCCAAAAUCUCCUCAACAUUCUACGCCGUGAAAUUCCUCCUUCCCAACCAAAUUCUUCCCGAAGAAAAGGCACGUCGGGAGUUCGAAAUUCCGCUCACCCUAAGAAAACAUGAUAAAGUCGUACAGAUUCACAAAUUCGUAGAAGAGAAGGUCCUGUCGCACUCCCAAGUGGAACAGAUUAUCCAAUUAUCGGACCCCACCAUUGAAGCUAGAUACAAAAUUGAACAACGUAAAGGGGCGCCCGUGAAAUGGACUUGCAUUCAAAUGGAGCUCUGCGGACGGAGUUUGCGACAUUGGCUAGAAAAAUUCAAACCACCCAACGACUCAAUUUAUACUCAAAUGAAACAAGCCGCCAUUGCGGAAGACGUGAUUGAGGGGAUGCUAUUUUUGCAUAAGAGUGACGUCAUACAUCGUGACCUUAAACCCGAAAAUAUUAUGUUCACUUCACUCGAAUACAAUCUGCCCGUUAAAAUAGGAGAUUUUGGCCUCGCGCGACGGAUCCUUCCAGAUGAUGGUAGCACGCUCACAAGCAAUAUCGGCACGAGAUCGUAUAUGGCACCGGAAAUACUCGAUGGAAAGUACUCGUACCAGGCAGACAUUUUCUCCUUGGGGUUAGUUCUAUGGGAAUUGACAGCAUUAAUCCCGUCAACUGAAAGGCCCAGUUUAUUCAACAAAUUAGUGUAUGAUAAAGAUGAGAAAUUAGUACAAGAACAUCCUCUCCUUGGUCCAGUGUUAAAACAAUUUAUCAUAUCCUGCACUAAAAGGAGCCCGAUCGACAGAUUAAAAAGUAUGACUAAGGCCUCCGAACUACUGAAUAUAAAGAAAAUAAAAAUUCGCCCACAAGAAAUCCUUGCGAGAACAAGUGAAGAGUUACAACUAUGUCUCAAAUUUAUUUCCAGUGGAUGCACCAUCCGAUUGGUAAAGACAACUUAUUUCGUUGGCAUUGGCCUGUGCUUGGACAACGUGAAUAUUAUCGGUCAAGGAUCAAACACCAUUAUUGAUUUACGUCCCCCAAGAGGCAUCUACAUAACUGGAAGUCAUUGUACCCUUUCAGAUUUGAAAAUCGCUUGUUAUGCAAGAGAGGAUACUCCAAAUAUAUGUGUAACAAACUCACAUAAUAAACUACAUGACGUUAUCCUUACAUUACAAGUGUGUCAGAAUGGCGAAGAAGAAGCCGACGAUUAUGGAAUUAUUAUAUUGGGUGAUAACCAUAUAUUGCAACGGGUGACGAUUGAAAACACGACGUCGGAAUUAUUUCUAAUUUUUUUUUGUUGCCAACCAAACUUGGUCAUUUCUGAUUUGUAUGUCACGACAGGACACGCUAAAAUAGUCAUCCUCAGCGACAAUACUUCUUUUAAGCGUAUUGACCUCUCAGACCUGAUGGAUAAUCCUCUGCAAAGUGAAUCCUCAAUUUCAGAGUUGCCAAACGAACAAUUAAAUCGUCGAAAUUGUCCCCCGGAAUUGCGCAUAGUUGUUGCAGGAUUAAAUUGUAAUCUGGAAGAAAUUAAAUGUACUGGUAUCAUCGUUGAUGCAAGCAAUGCAUCACUUCACAAUGUGCAAUGCUCUGGUGCGAUUCAAAUUUCAGGCGGACUGGAAGGAAUCGCGUUGAAGAAAUGCGAAGCGAAAUCGAUCGAAACAGAUUCAUCAGUCACCAUCACAGAUUGCAAACUCGGCGCCGUAUCAAGCUCUUCCAUAGAUUGGCCAAAAUUUAGAAAAGUAUACGUAUUAAGGACUUGGACGUAUUAAGUAUUUGGGGGUGGGGUCAGUCCACGUCGAUGUCAAUCAUGUAUUGCGGGCCAGGUCUCAGAUUUUAGGGCAGAUUCUAAAAUUUCAAAAAUUUGAAAAAUUUGAAUUCUAGCCAUCAUGUAAUGGUAACUUCAAAACGCUAUAACUUUUUGCACCCUGUCGUGUGCAACCCAAAUUUCAUAAAUUAUAACGUAAUUUUAAAUUUCUAACCCACCAUAAAAAAAUUAGGUCGCACACGAUAGGGUGCAAAAAAUUAUAUCGAUUUUUCUGACACACAUUAACACAUGCAAGCUUAUGUAUGGGAAUAUUCCCAAAAAUUAUCAAAAAACAAGAGGCGUAAACAAAACUUUCAGUGACAAAAUUAAAAUGCCAUACCAGUCAAGAUUAUUUUUAACGCUGAGUUAAAAAAAUGUGACUAAAAAAAUGUAGGCCUGACCGCGUCGACAUUUAAAAAGUUAGUACGUGCUACGGCCACUGCUCGUGAGCAUUACCAUCAGUAGUGUCGCUCGGAGUGGAGAGACAACAUCUCCGCUCUCAUGACUCUCGCCCGAUCGUGGAUAUUGGCGUGGACCGACCCGGUUAUUCUCCGCGAUAUGUAUCAGAAUGUGGUAAAUAGAUAAGCAGAUGUGGGUAAUGCAUUAUCGAUAUUUUUGUCUAGACUAACAAUGCGAUGGUGUGAAGUGUAACCCUAAGAAUUGGUUGAAAUUUUGAAAUUGUGUGGUCCAAGUUGAUACAACCAAUGUUUCAUGAGGCAGUUUGUGCGAUAGUCAGGAUUUGACAAAAUAUUUGAGGGCAAAGUUGAAAAAUAUGCCAUUUUUGCAUGAGAAGAGAAUGGAAGUUGAGUUUGCUUCCAACGCGUGCAAAAAAUCACUCGUUUUUCAACUUUAAUCUCAAAUAAUUUGCUAAAUUCUGACCAUCACACAAACUGCCUCAAGAAACAUGGC